AGGGAGCGGCCCGGCCCGACGGAUCCUCCCCACCCGGCGCAGGGUAACAAUGGUGCUGGCCGGGGAGCUGCGGGCGCUGUGAUUGACACUCGGGGCGUCGUGAUUGACAGCCGGGGCGUCCUAAAAAGGCUGCGGAGAGAUGCUUAUCGCAGGGUUUAUAUAGCGGGGGAGCCGAGCGGAGCGGAGCCGAGCGGGGAGGAGGAAGAAGAGGAGGAGAAGGCGGCCGAUGCGCCGGGGACCGCGGGUCCCGCAGCGCCCCGCAGCCCCGGGGCCGGCCCCACCAUGCACUGCCAGCCGCAGCCCCGGCUCUCCGCUCCCGGCCGGCAUAGGGCAGGCAGGAGGCGCUACAAGACCUUUAUGAUCGACGAGAUCCUCUCCAAGGAGACCUGCGAUUACUUCGAGAAACUUUCCCUCUACUCCGUCUGUCCGUCCCUCCUCGUCCGGCCCAAGCCGCUGCACUCCUGCGCCGGCUCCCCUUCCCUGCGGGCAUACCCUCUCAUCUCCGUCAUCGCCCGGCAGCCCUCGGUGGUCCCUCACCUGGUCCCUGCUGCCACCAGCUCCCGUGUGCUGCCAGCCCAGACCCCAUCGGGCACUGCCAGCUCCGAGGCACCGGCCAGUGAGACCCAUGGCAGCAGUGAGUCGGAGGCAGAGCAGCCCACACCUCGGCUCAAGAAGCCGCGCCGGAGCAGAACCAUCUUCACUGAGCUGCAGCUGAUGGGCUUGGAGAAGAAGUUCCAGAAGCAGAAGUAUCUCUCUACCCCUGACAGGUUGGACUUAGCCCAGUCGUUGGGGCUGACACAGCUGCAGGUGAAGACGUGGUACCAGAACCGUAGGAUGAAGUGGAAGAAAAUGGUGCUGAAGGGUGGACAGGAAGCUCCAACAAAGCCCAAAGGCCGUCCAAAGAAAAACUCCAUUCCCACCUCGGAAGAGAUAGAAGCAGAAGAGAAAAUGAACAGUCAGGCUCAGAGUCAGGAGCUGGAGGGAUCUCAAGCCCCCGAGGAGCCUAAAGUGACAGAGGAGAAGCCAGAAGACUCUUUGGAGACAGAGGAGUCUCCAGAACAUAUACCAGAGCCCUCCUCACAGGAGACUACACCAUCAAGUUAAAAGGGGAAGAAAAGAGGGGAAA